AUGACAUUCAUUGAAAAUAAAAAUUACCAUCGAAAAUUUUAUAAAACACUUAUGACUUUGGCAUUUUCUUUGAACACUAGUCAAUAUCAUUGUAUUUCAAAAUGUAUAUUAUACUUCUACAUUUUUGAUUGGAUGGUAUUUGUAUUUUUGGCUGCAGGAUGCGUUUUAUUAUAUGAAAAGCCAGAUAUGUCUUUUGGUAUGGAGUUAAUUCAAUACAUGAUAGUUGGAGUGCUUUACACUUUGAUUUUUUUAGUAUUCAUAAUAAAAAAAGAUGCCAUUGUGUCGAACUACAAUUUUAUACAAACCAAAUUUAUCCACUGGUCUAACAAAAGAUUAUUGCAUCCAAACAUAGCUUAUAAAAAAAACAUAAGAACUGUUAAACGCUUGAUCAUACCUUUAGUAAUACUAUCAUUAUCUAUUGCAUUUGGACCUUUAGUAUCAACCAUAAACGAUAUUGGUAAACUGCCAUUGAAUAGCCGAACCCAUUUCGUUUUGUUUUGGCCAAAGAUUGUCGAUACUAAUAAAAUUAGUACAUAUGGAAUCAUUUAUACGGUUCAAAUCGUAUUAACUGUUAUUUUAUACAUUUCAACUUUAUCAUUCAAUUUGGGUUUUAUGGUAUUUUUGAACGAAUUGACAAACCAGUUUGAAAUUUUAUUAGAUGGAAUUGACAAUGCAUUUAAAUUUAAGAGAGAUAAACAAUUUCAAUUGUUUUUUAUUGAUUGUAUACGUCACCAUCAAAUAAUUAUUAAAUUUUUAGAUGAUUUAAAGUCAUACUUCAAGUGGAUUGUUCUUAUUGAAAUAAUCAUAGUUCAAGUAGUGUUGGCCAUCCUUAUUUAUAAUUUAACAAAAGUAACUGCUUCCCUUGGAUAUAAGGUAAAAAUUGUUGGUUCGUUAUUAUUUAAUAUACUCCCAAUUUGUUUUCACUGUCAUAUCGGAGAAGUCAUACUAAGCCUGCACACGCGUUUGUCUAAUCAUAUUUAUAACAUGAUCUGGUACGAUAUGCCCAAUAAAAACAAACAGCUUAUCGUGAUUAUGUUCCAACGAACUCAACGAGAUCUGGCAUUAAGUUCAGCUCUGUUUUCGAACGAAAGAGCAUCUAGAUCGUUGAUUUCUAAAGUUAUUAAACAAGUGUACACAAUUCUAAACGUAUUGUUAAAAACAUAAAUGGUAAAUGCGUUGAAAUUGUAUAUAGAUACUUAAAU